AUCAUAUAGCAUUUAUAAAAACGAAAAAAAUAGUUUAUGUCAAAAGUAAGGAUGUCUUAGAACGUGAAGAUAAUCCAGCGCCAAAUACAAAAUUUCUGUUGUAUUUUUAACAAGUACCUACAAUUAUUUUAAAUUACAAUGGACAUAUAUUUCGUAGAUAACGCCAGACAGGAUGAAAUUGAUACAUUUUAUGAGGCAUGUCAACGUCAUAGAGACUACUAUAGAGGCUAUCCGAAAGCUCACCAUCCAUUGUUAUACUUCAAAGACCCCGAAUACAUGUAUCAGUGCCCAGCAGAUAUGACACCGACAUAUUUAACAUUCCCGAUGUACUUUGUGAAGUACAAACAGCCUGCAGUAUUACCUAGUAGUAGCGGUCGCACGAGUGGACUGCCCGCGCUACCAGACAGAACGCUCGCCGGAAGAUACAAUAAAGCCGCUUGUAAAGCUUUCGUUAGAUAAAUAAUUAAACAUUUCUUACUUA